AUGGAGGAGCCUGCAUCGAGUGCCCACAAACGAAAGCGCACAGACCAGGACAAAGAUUAUGACGAAGGUAUUGCGCCCACUUUCGAAUUCGAACAGGCGAAUAAGCGGCACCGCGAUGACUUGGAGUCAGGGCGCAAGAGUAAGGGCGCAGAGAAGCGUGUGGAGAGUAGCAGGAAGAGGGCAAAGCAGAACGAGUAUGCUAAAGAGGAGGAAGAAGAGGAAGGCGACGACGAUUCUGAGGAGGCAACGAUGGAGCUCGACGUGUCGAGUGAUGGAAAUGCAGAAGCCGUAGACGAAGAUGGGGACGGCUACUUCGGUUGCCAGCUGGAGCUGUUCGGAGAGGCGGUACAGGGCAGAAGAACGCGGGUCAUCCAAAAGAGAUGGCGGCCGGACAAGACCUUCAGCAUCGGACGCGAGCAGUUUGCCACCUCAAGCUCCUUCCAUCGGAUUGGGCUCGAUCGCAUCAGCCGACAGCACUUUGAGAUUCGCUGCGGGCGGGUGCCAGAGACCCAUGCAGGGAGGAGCGCGAAGCGCAAGCGGCAUGCAUCUUCUACGAAACGAUGCUUCUUCCUCAAAGACCUCUCCGCGAAUGGCACACACCUCAACGAUGAAUUGCUGGGCAAAGGCGUGGAGCGGGAGCUCUGCCACAGUUCUGAUCCCCUUGCCCUAUACACCUACAGGUACAGAUUCAGCGUGGUCAAGGCACCAGCCUCUUCCCAUAGCAACGACGCCUACGCUGAGGCCUGGAACGCAAUCGCAACUCAAGAAGCGGAUAGCUUCGACCCUCCCGCCUCGUCUUCACCUGUCGGCGAGCACCGCGGUGUGUCUCCGACUCGGGUGGCGGCUGUGGUGGGACCUUCGUCAUCGCGAUCGCCGGCCUCGUCGACUUCGCCGUCUGCAUCGCCACCGGCGAAGGCGUUUCGGUCCAUGGGCAAGGCCACCCAGUACCACGGCGACAACAAGCUCUCCUACUCGCUGAAGGUAAGCACGCACAGCAGCAUCAGCGUAUCGGCGCAGAGCAACCGAGAGGUGAUGUUCAUCACCACGCCCGCUCUCGAAGAAGCCGCCCCGGCGGCGAGCGACAUUCCCGCUCCUCUUCCUCUCGGCGACUCGACCACACCUACGGCGACAGACGUGCAGCAACCGCUCAAACAGCAGCCACCGCGGCGGAGCGAAUGGCGCGCUCUACUUGUCUGGCUGCUCGGUCGGCUGGGCACUGUGCUAUACAUUCUGGCCACGGUCGGCAUCAAAGUUCUCAGCCUCUACUUGCUCGUCAUGUCUGUCUACAACUACUUCUUUGCCGGCGGCCCUGCAUCUUGA